CAAAACACGUACGACGACCCCGACCUCGCCUCACCACCACGACUGGAACAAAGCAGGAGGAGAAGACGAGAAAAUAACAUCCCUCUUGAUCAUCCCUUCGACAACAACCCAACACCCCUAAUGGACUACCAAAACCGCGCCGGCUCCAAGUUCGGCGGCGGCGGCGUCGCCUCCCACAGCGCAACCAACGCCGACCGCCGCGAGCGCCUCCGCAAGCUCGCCCUCGAGACCAUCGACCUGGACAAGGACCCCUACUUCUUCAAGAACCACGUCGGCUCCUUCGAGUGCCGCCUGUGCCUGACGGUCCACCAGAACGACGGCUCCUACCUGGCCCACACCCAGGGCAAGAAGCACCAGACCAACCUCGCCCGCCGCGCCGCCAAGGAGCAGAAGGAGGGCAAGACCCAGCUCGACCCCCAGACCGGCCUGCCCGUCGGCGUCGUCGGCGCAGGCUUCGGCGCCCUGGGCCUCGGCGCCGGCGGCACCCCGCGCAGGAACGUCGUCAAGAUCGGCCGCCCGGGCUACAAGAUCACAAAGGUGCGCGACCCCGUCACCAAGCAGCAGGGGCUGCUGUUCCAGCUGCAGUAUCCGGACAUUGGCCAGGGCGUCGUGCCCAGGUGGCAGAUCAUGAGCGCCUUCAGCCAGCGCGUCGAGGAGCCCGACCGCGACUUCCAGUACCUGUGCGUCGCCGCCGAGCCCUACGAGACGUGCGGCUUCAAGAUCCCGGCCCGCGAGCUGGACAAGCGCGAGGACAGGCAGUUUGAGUUCUGGGACCCGGAUGCAAGGGAGUUUUGGGUGCAGAUCAUGUUUAUGACGGAGCGCGAGGAGAGAUUCAAUGCUGCGCCGGGUCUGGGUGGCAGGAGGUGA